AUGCACGUCAAGGUCGAAUACGCUGUCAAAGCUGUCGAAAAUGGAGGCACUGCAAUUGGGAUAAGAUGCAAAGAUGGCGUGAUUCUUGCAGUCGAGAAAAUAAUAUCGAGUAAGCUGCUUAAGCCCGGCGCAAACAAGAGAAUAGCCACCGUCGAUCGAAAUAUUGGCAUAGUGUCCGCCGGCCUUGCCCCUGAUGGGCGUCAUUUCGUUUCCAGAGCUAGAGACGAAGCUGCAUCGUGGAGGGGUACAUACAAAGGGCCAAUUCCAACUGCAGUGCUAGCCAAUAGGCUUGGCGGGUAUGUCCAAGCAUAUACAUUGUAUUCUAGCGUUCGCCCCUUUGGCGUCACGGCGAUAGUGGGCGGUUGGGAUUCCGAGGCAGAGCUCCCCGUUGAUGGACAGGUUGGAGCGGGACCAUGUCUAGGCGCCGGUGGUAAGGUAGAAGAGGCGAAGGCCGGAGGACCUGGAUUGUUUAUGAUAGAGCCUAGCGGACUUUAUUGGGGUUAUUACGGUGCGGCCACCGGAAAAGGUCGACAAGCCGCGAAAGCUGAGUUGGAGAAACUAGAUUUGCCAUCAGGAAAUCUUACUCUACUCGACGGGGUUAAAGAGGCUGCGAGGAUCAUUUAUAUUGCCCACGAAGACAGCAAGGACAAAGAUUUCGAGCUAGAAAUGACCUGGAUCAGCUCCCUAGACGGUCCCACGAAGGGCAGGCACAUGGAGGUACCCAAGGAGCUGGUCGAAGAGGCAGAAAAAGCCGCUAGAAAAGCGAUAUCCGAGGAAGAAGAUGAAGAAGACGAAUCCAAGCCCACAGAAGGUGAUCGAAUGGAGGAGUAG